CCAGGCCGUGCUUCGGGCGGUCCUGAACUGCGCCUUCCCUUCCCAACUCUCGCCCUCCACCCCUCCCGCGGUGCUUCUCAGUGGUCUCUGUCCUUGUCUCCUUGCUUCUCUCCGCUGUAUUCACCAAGUGCUAUUCCCCCUCUUCUCUUACUACCAGCUCCCCGUGACCUCCCCGGUUAACUGCCGUCACAAGGCUCCCUAGCGAAAAGGAAUUGCCGAAUUCCCAAAGUGUGUUUUCCUCCUUCGUGAACUUGACACCUUCCCCCUCCCUACACAGUUGAUCUAAACUUCUCCUGUCCUUUCUGUUUGCCUCCCUCCUGUCAGUUUUUAAUCCUUACUUUUUUCUGGCUGCUGAAUCCCCUGGAAUGGGAAGUCGCCCUCCUCCUGACCCUGCUCCCAGGCAGCGCUGGAGAGCCACGUUGCCUUCUCACACCUUACAGGAAUUUGUUCUGCCCAAAACUUCACGCACACCCAUUUACUCUUCCCCUUGUGUUCUCUUCAGUCUCAGGUUGCCCACUGGAUUUUACAAAACUUCCUUUCUUUCUGCAGCAUCUUAAAAUGUCCUCGGGUGCACUGCUCUCGUUCACGUCUUUAUUCCAUUUGUUACUGGUUACCUCCAUAGAAGAAAGUUUGUGCCUGUUUGAUUGCACAGUUCCAGCCUUGUGAUACUGUUUGGACUGGGGAAGACUUCAGUUCCACUUUGUGAUGUCUUCCCCUGAAAUUGCUUCCCUUUCUUGGGGUCAGAUGAAGGUGAAGGGCUGCUCUACAACGUAUAAGGACUGCAAAGUAUGGCCGGGAGGAAGCCGGACAUGGGAUUGGCGAGAAACCGGGACUAAUCAUUCUCCAGGAGUGCAGCCAGCUGACCUUGAAGAAGUCAUCAAGAAGGGAGUUAAAACUGUGGUGAUUGGUCGUGGCAUGAGUGAGGCUUUGCAGGUUCCAGCAUCCACUGUGGACUAUCUGAAGAAGAACGGGAUUGAGGUGCUGGUGCUGCAAACGGAGAAGGCAGUGGCGGAGUACAAUGCCCUGGCAGCUCAGGGUGUCAGAGUGGGUGGGGUCUUCCAUUCCACCUGCUGAAGCGCCGCCCAUUCCGCCUGCCCGGCCCGUGGCCAAAUCACGGACACGCCUCUGCUGGAUCAAAUUGCACUCAGCGGAGGGUGAACUUGCAUGCCAAGGCAUUUGUGCACUGACCAUCGAAAAUGCAAAGACAGUUUAUUAGCUCAGGAUUUAAACAAAUCGAGGGCUCGCAAAAGGCGGGGCUGUUAAUGUAAUUAAAUCGUUUCAUUACAGAAUAAUUUCCAUGUAUUGUUGAGAUUGACCUAAUUUUCCUCUGAAGGCCAUCCAUAGUCUUGUUACUUAACAUUUCACCUGUUCACUAAAUCAGGAAAUUAUAUUUUGAAUACUUUUAUUACAUUACUGGCUACUGGAAUGCAGCCAUAAAAUAGCUGAUGAGCACAAUCAAAUGGUAGAUAUGAAGUGGUGGUAAAGAAGCACUUUACCAGCACUGGAUAAACAAGUUAAAAAUAAAAUAAAUUAAAAAGCAAACCCAUAACAGAACUUUACCUCCUGCAGGUGACCUCAGGGUAUUUGCCAAUUUAUGAACAUCACAUAACAGAGCACAUUUAAAUUUUUCAUUGAGCCUGAAAAAGGGGAAAAAAUGUCAGCAGGGUAUAAGCAUAAAACCUGGGCCUUAAAGAAUUUUCUUAUUAACUGCCAGUUUUGAGGAUUGAGCUGUCUAAUACAUAUCUAUUCAGAAGUUCUUACACACUUAAAAUAAUCAGAAACAUGAGUUACAAAGCUAGAGUUUGCAGCAUAAAACAUUGAUAUGUAGGAAAUCAGUCUGAAUUGCUGCUAGCAAGGUACUGCUGGCAAGCUGGGGAUGCAUGUGAGACUUGUUACUGGUCAUUAUCUGAUUAUUUAAAUGUUGUGCCCACAAGCAUUAUUACACUGAAGAUUCAAACAGUUCUCUUGGUUGCUGUUUGUGGUGGGCUUCUAUCAAUAGAUAGAAG